AUGUCAAGACACGAAUCUUACUGUCAUGUUACUACAGUUCUUUUUCAGUGUGCUUUCAUGAUGAAGUUUUACAUUGUGGGGGCUUUGUGCCUCCUUUAUGUUAAUUGUUGGGCGAAAGAAGAAAAAAAUAAGGACGUUGGAACUGUUAUUGGCAUUGAUUUAGGAACUACGUACUCGUGUGUUGGCGUGUACAAAAAUGGACGAGUGGAAAUUAUUGCCAACGAUCAGGGCAAUAGAAUUACGCCUUCAUACGUGGCGUUUACUCCAGAUGGUGAACGAUUGAUCGGCGAUGCGGCGAAAAAUCAGCUUACCGCAAAUCCAGAAAAUACUAUUUUCGAUGCUAAACGUCUUAUUGGACGAGAGUGGUUGGAUACUACUGUUCAACACGACGUGAAAUUCUUUCCCUUUAAGGUGAAAGAGAAAAACAGUAAACCACAUAUUGAAGUUGCCACUGGUCAAGGAGACAAGUUAUUUGCUCCUGAAGAGAUCUCUGCGAUGGUUCUUGGAAAGAUGAAAGAAACUGCUGAAGCCUAUCUUGGAAAGAAGGUUACACAUGCAGUAGUAACUGUGCCUGCAUACUUCAAUGAUGCCCAACGUCAAGCUACAAAGGAUGCUGGAACUAUUGCUGGUCUUGUAGUAAUGAGAAUUAUUAAUGAGCCUACUGCAGCUGCUAUUGCCUAUGGUUUGGAUAAGAAAGAAGGAGAAAAAAAUGUUCUUGUCUUCGAUUUAGGAGGUGGUACUUUCGAUGUUUCCCUUCUCACUAUUGACAACGGAGUAUUUGAGGUUGUAUCUACAAAUGGAGACACUCACUUGGGUGGAGAAGAUUUUGAUCAAAGAGUGAUGGACCAUUUCAUAAAGUUGUAUAAGAAAAAGAAGGGCAAGGAUAUCAGAAAAGACAAUAGAGCAGUUCAGAAGCUGCGCCGUGAAGUCGAGAAAGCAAAGAGAGCACUAUCAAGUAAUCAUCAGGCUAGAAUUGAAAUUGAAAGCUUCUUUGAAGGUGAUGACUUUUCAGAAACACUCACUCGUGCAAAGUUUGAAGAGCUGAAUAUGGAUUUGUUCAGGUCUACUAUGAAACCAGUACAGAAAGUUUUGGAAGAUGCAGAUAUGAACAAAAAGGAUGUUGAUGAGAUAGUGCUGGUUGGUGGAAGCACACGUAUUCCUAAAGUUCAACAAUUGGUCAAAGAAUUCUUUGGUGGCAAAGAGCCGUCCCGGGGUAUUAAUCCCGAUGAAGCGGUUGCAUAUGGAGCUGCUGUGCAAGCUGGUGUUCUGUCUGGUGAACAAGAUACUGAUGCCAUUGUACUUCUGGAUGUGAACCCUCUUACACUUGGAAUUGAGACUGUGGGUGGUGUAAUGACCAAACUCAUCCCAAGGAAUACAGUAAUUCCUACAAAGAAGUCUCAAAUCUUCUCGACUGCCUCUGACAAUCAACACACUGUAACCAUUCAGGUUUAUGAAGGAGAGCGUCCCAUGACUAAAGACAACCAUUUGCUUGGAAAAUUUGAUCUUACGGGUAUUCCUCCUGCCCCUCGGGGUGUUCCGCAGAUUGAAGUGACAUUUGAAAUUGAUGCUAAUGGUAUCCUUCAGGUGUCUGCUGAAGACAAGGGUACUGGCAACAGAGAAAAAAUUGUUAUUACAAAUGACCAAAAUAGGCUCACUCCUGAUGAUAUUGAACGAAUGAUCAAGGAUGCUGAAAAGUUUGCUGAUGAUGACAAGAAAUUGAAAGAAAAAGUUGAAGCUCGAAAUGAGUUAGAGUCGUAUGCCUAUUCUUUGAAAAAUCAGCUCGGUGACAAGGAGAAGCUUGGAUCCAAGGUCUCAGACAGUGAUAAAACAAAGAUGGAAACUGCAAUUGAUGAAAAGAUAAAGUGGUUAGAGGAGAAUCCAGAUGCUGAUACUGAAGAAUACAAGAAACAGAAAAAGGACUUAGAAGAUGUUGUUCAGCCUAUAGUGACGAAGUUGUAUCAGAGUGCUGGUGGUGCACCACCUCCAGGGGCAGCAGAUGAAGAUGAACUUAAAGAUGAGCUAUAAUUUAUUUCCAGUGACAUUCAGUUACAUGUGAUUUGUGAUGUGAUAGUACUAUAAUUCACUAUUGGUCUCUGACCAGAUGAGUAUUAAUGUAACUGGCUCUUACCAUCUGCAACUUCCAUUGUGUGACAAGUGGAACGUACCAAUUCGACUGUCAAAAACCAGCAUUUCAUCUAAUUGAUGGUGUCUCAGUAGAUAAGCCUCCAAAUCUUGUUGCAAAUUGUUCAUUCAAUGCAACAGUGACUGAUCCCAUCUGUAGUUCAGUUAAUAUGGAGGUAUUUGAAAAUAUUGUUUUGUACUUUCUUUUCUUGUAAUGUUUAUUAUUUAUUUGUUGUAUAUUGUGAUUCUUGCUGCGAUGUCUGAUAUAAGAAAUACUAUACAGACAUUGAUAGUGAAAAUGGCAAUAAUCUGAAGCGAUUGUGACUGGAAUGAGAGUGUGUGUGUGUCCUUGUUGGAAUAAAUUUUUUCAUAUAAUUUUGCAUCUUAUUAAAUUCCUUAUUAUUAAUUAAAACUUAAAUUUUUGCUUGGUAUAUUUUCACACAACUUCCCCAAAAAUGUAAUUGUUGGCAAAGUUUGACAAUCUUUCUAACUGCAAUGAAUUGUCGUUGUGAAGAAUAGACGAAAUUUUCAAUUUAAAAAAAAAUGUGGAUCUCCACAAACAACUGCGGUAUUACUAAUUUCCAAAGCAAAUGGAUAUUGAAAGAAAACUACACUACCUCCAGCCAUGCGAGAGGUGUCUAUGUAUUGAAUAUCCAGGAACCCUCAAAAAAUUAAAAAAUGAUCCAAAACCAUUUCAAUUUUGUCUGAAAGUGCAAAUUUGGGAUGAUCUUACUUGCUUAUUCUCAUACUUGCUGCUUAUGAAACAGCUGUCUUCAUGUCAAGGCCCCAAGGAAGAGGCUACCCUCCAAUGUAUAUAGGUCAGUUCAUUAUAUAAAGCCCCCACACUGGUUUCAAAAAAUUCAUACUUCAUAUAAACAUUCACAUAUAUUUUGGUGGUUCAAAACCAUAUUUAAGAAAUUUGUAUGGUAAGUGGUUCACAAACUGUGGUUGUUUUUAGGGAUAAAAGUAACAAUGUUUUAUUUGAGUAAUAUUUGCAAUCAAAUCUAAUGAAUGCAAUCAAUUUUGAUUUUCAGAGUAAUAUUUCAAAGGAAUAGACAGCUUCAAUUUUUUCCGUGGUUUUAGUUACUUUAUGUAAAAUAUCAAGUCGGUCUCCUUCCGCUUAAAAAUUGGAAUUUUUUUCAACUAAGAUUUGUAGGGGAUCAGAUAAAACUUAUAAAUUUGUGCAAGUAAAAGUUUGCUGAAAGUAUUAAAAAAAUUAUAAAUAUGUGCAAAGUGCUUCAAUUGCACAUUAAGGCUCUUUACACUAUAGCAUUGCAUUGAUGUGAAUCGCCUAACACUGAUGAUGGCUGCAAUGACACAUUGAUACAUGCGUACGUGGUUCACGUAACGUGCGUCAUAGAUUAAGAUAAUGUGUAAGUAAGUGUAUCUUAUGCGUAACGACACAAUUGUUCUUGGCAAUGAGCGUUGUAGAUUGAACUAUUAGCAUAUAUUUAUCAUACUUUAUUAGCCAGGGAGAGGAAUUCCAUCUAUUCUCCUCCCUGCAGUGAAGCGUACUUCUAUCUAUCCUGUUGUAUCCCUGCUCCCUCUGCCUUGCUCCUAUUUGGAAAUGCGUGGUCUUCCUCCCACACUUCCUCACAAAAAAUUAUGUAUAACACUUAGUAGGUUGAUGACCCCAAACUACUCACUAUAACGCCCAAAAUUUUUGUCCAAACAUUGAAAUAUUCAAAAUAAAACUUCAAUUUUUCAAUGUUUAGACAAAAUUGUCAUGGAAAGUAAAUUCAAAAUAAUUUUUACAAAAUUUAUUAAAAUUAAUGUAUUAUCAUAUGUAGAAUAUGUUAGAAAUAAUAAGUAAAAUACAUACAGUGGAGAGAAACCAAUACCUUGGAAACGUGAUGCCAGAGUGAGUACGCCGCCGUAUUGCAGAGCGUAUCUGGCAUCUGAUCUCUGGCACAUUGGAAUACCAGUAUUGGGUGUGAGAGUAGCAAGAAUUUUCGUCAGGGGGACAAAAGGGAAUAAGAAUUAUCAGUAAUGAAGUACAAGUGGUAUAAAAAUUAUAAUUUGAAUUAGAUAGCAAUACAAUUAAAUUUCUCAAGGUUCCUAAACUACAAUUAAUAUGAAAUCAAUAAAAAAGAAAUGUAAUUUUCUUGAAAUAUCAGAAUAAUAUUUAUAGACUAUCAACAUUGAACUAACUUCCUAAAUUUCAAUUAACAAUUAAAUGUUUCUUUGCUCUUCAGUUUUGUACUGUCUCAAGGACAUAAUAAAUUACAUUUCUACCUUUCUUACCCAAAAUUGAAAAUAAUGGGGAUACUUGAGAACUGAAUAAAUGUUAAUGAAACAAAAGGAUACACAUUCAAAAAUUGGACAAGUUUAAUAAAUUGCCAUCUUAGUCAGCAUUUCUUUCCAUGUUCUUUUUUGUGAUGUUUUUCCACACUGCUUUUAAUUGUAGAAAUUAUGCACCCUUACUAAGUCUUUUAACUAAUUUGUUUCUUGUAAUUUACACUAUCAAUUGCAGAAUUAAUUGAGCAACCUCAGAAAUUCUAAUUGAAGUUUAAAAUAAUAAACGUGAACUAAGAAUUUAUGAAUGAUCUAUACAGUUUUGGUGCCUGGCCUCCUUUGCAAGUUCUACUUCCAUAGAUGCUAUGCCUCCCAAGUUGACAUAAGUCGAGAAUCUUUUCUUCUUGGCAUCCCAGAUCAACUGCUUUCUUAGUGACAUACCAACAAAUAUAAGAGCACCUUCCUUCAAAUGUGAUAUCUUGUCAGUUUUCAUUUAAAUAUUUGAAAACUUCACUAUUAGAACCUGUUUCACAAUUGACAGAAGAAAUCCACAACCUUAGUCCAUUUGGAUGAGGUAAUGAAAAUAAUGAUCAGACAUUCUUAUGUCUUAGAAGAAUAAAAGCGCAAAGUAAGUAAAAACUGUUUCACAAGGUCUCAGUAUCAUGUUUCCCUUUUUAUCACGUUUAGAAUUUUGAUACUGGUGUUUGAUAAAUUCAGAAAAUACUAAAAUUCUCUUCAAGAGCUGCUUCCAAGUCAGAAUUCGAAUGUCCUUUCUUUCUUAAUUGUUUGUAUAUGUAUAUGUGACUCAAUAUUGUUAUUAGUAGUAUUAAUAAAUAAAUUAUAAGGUACUAACAUAACACACUCACUAAAACUUAUUUGCAUGUACUGAGCGAAAUGUAAUGAUUGAUAUGGUUAAAACUGUACCUCUACAGUCAAAGAACCAUGCAUAAAUAAAUUAUUAUUAAGUCAUCCCGUGAAAUAUUCAUCAGGCUGUGAUUAGUCUGAUCGUCCCAAUCACUGGAUACCUUAGCAUGAGGUUUUCUCUUUGAUUUUCACUCUAGUCCUCGUUGCGAGGAAAGUGAUAUCGUGAAAUAAGUGAUAUGAUAAGAUUAUUUUUUUCCACUCAAGAAGGCCUAUUUGCAAGUUUAGCUUCGGAUGAAUUCUCAUAACAUAAUAUCUCAAGUUUGCAUUUUCUGGACUAUAGUUAUUUUGUUUUUAGUUAAAUAGAAUUUUAUUGUAGUUAUUAAAAGUUUUGUGAUGCUACCCUUCAGAUCGAAACGUGCGCGCCUACUUCAGUGUCACGUCAGUGAGUAGUUGUCAAGUGUAAUUGUUGUCAACGCGCAGUCUCGAUUUUCAAGAAAAGUAACGACUAGAAGUCGUGCUUGUCAAAUGUCGUAGCAUAUGCCAUGACUUACACCACCAUGGAAAAGGGCCUUUAACGUGUUGGUCCAACUUGCACAAUUUGUUAUGUGGUAUUAUACGCGCACUUUUUCUUGAGCCCCGGAAUAUCUACCCACAUUUCUUUGCCAAC